AAACCAUCAGUAUGUUAUACAGCCUUCAAACUACCGCAGAAGAAGAAGAGCACACGUCACGGAGGAUCUGCGGGAAACAUGAACACGGUGCAUCAUGGGCUCAUCUCUGCUUUCUGUUGCUGAGCAGCUCUUGAGAGACCUACAGAGAACGUACUCGGAGACAAAGCAGAUACCAGAUGACCUACUAAUAGCAUUGCGGUUUGUGUUCGGCCCAUGUGCUCUUCAGGCAUUGGACCUGGUGGACCAGCGCUCUGUCACAUGUGUGUCCUCACCUAGCGGUCGAAAUGCAUUUCAGGUAUUAGGAGGAUCAGGGCGUCUGUACACAUGCUUCACUUCCUGCCACUACUGUCCGUGCCCCGCAUUCUCUUUCACUGUGCUCAGGAGGAACGAGAGUCUGAUGUGUAAGCACCUCCUGGCCGCCUGCCUGAGUCAGGCCAUGGGCUUGUGCCAGCAGGAACAGGUCUCAGAUCAGCAGAUGACCCACAUUCUCUCAGGGCAAACUGAGGCCAGCACAUAAAUAACUGAUCCUGGAGGAGAGAGAGACUCUGAUUAGAACACCCAUGCAGGAAUUGAGAUAUUUAUAGUCAUUCUAAUGGACUCAUCUUUAGGAAAAUGUUGUGUAUUUAAAUUAAAACCCAGUAUUUUUUAUUAUUUUUUUUGUAUAGAGAGAUGAUCUGUCGUGUAAUAUAUUUAAAAUUGCUGUGAAAGUAAGUAAAUAAGCAAAUCUAUGUCCCUAAAUACCAGAUGUUUGUGUAUGCAAAAUCGUUCAUCAGUUGGCACCAGAGAAUGUACAUCUGUUCAUUGAGCAGCACGAUGGGGUUUAUUUUGGGAGUUUCCGUUUGUUUGAAGGUUCCGCACCCUUGACUGACUCUCGGCAACAAACAAUGAGACCACAAGGCUUAAAUACUCCACUUUUCGACUUGUUUUCCUCAGCCAAAUUUAGUUUUGCGUUCAUAAAAUUUAGAACUAUUACUUGUUUUCUUUUUUUCAGUAUAUGUUUUGUAUUUACUGUAUAGCAUUUAAUAUGCAGGAUGCAUUUGGCCUUUAUUCUGUUGUAGUCCUUUUGUAAUUCUAAUUCUAUUGUAAUGUAAACAUACUGUAGUCAAAGCAUGACUCUUUAUAAGGAUAUUUGGUUAAGAUAUCUUUUCGAACAGUGCUAGUUGAAACACUGCAAGUUAAACCAGAGCGAACACCAAAAGCAGAACGUACUGAAAUAAAAGCAUGUGUAUGUAAUGUGUCUUGCCGUGCCGCUCCAUCUGUGCUGAUAUAAUGCGUGUCCAUUUCAGUUUCCAUAUUUUGUGUGAUUACGUCUGUCGUCCUGUAAGAUAUUACUUCCAACAUAUUUAGCUUGGAAGGGAUUGGCAAUGGAUAAUAGAAAACGAAAACAAAAUUGCAUUGUGCAAAGUUUACAACCUGACUUAGUGCUUGAAACUGACACUGGUUACAUUUUCUCGCUGUAUACAUACAGACACACAAUUCAUAUUGUAUAAUGAUUCUGCAUAAUUAUGGAUAACAAACUGUAGAUAAACUAAGUAUCAGUUUUUGUGUUUUUGCAGUGUGUUUAAGUGUUUGAGAAUGUGGUAUUUAAUAAUGAGAUGUUUAUAAUUUAGGGAACUGGAAUAUGGUAUACCCGCCAAAUGAAUGAAAACAGUGUAUCAGCUCGGCUAGAUUCUUGGACUUUGUGGCUUUGGCUUUGGUGGAAGUGUUUAUUUGAACAAAGGCUGCAUGUGCAGUUUCUCACAACACACACAGACAGACACACUUUCUUUCUGAACAACCGGCCGCUGAUAUUCAACAGCACAGUUAGGCUGAGCUAAAACUGUCCAACUUUCAUAUAAAGAGGGCGCAAAAGAUAUAUAAACAUCUUUUAUUAAUAAAAUAAUUCACCAUACAUAGAGAUUUAUUCAUGUUAAAUAACAAGACUUCUUUGAUGCUAAAGGUUUUUGUCAUGAAACUAUUUUCUUUGAGCACAUACAAGAGAACAACACAGUGUAUGUAAAUUAGUGACAAAUACACAUCAAAAACAUACACAAUUUAAAGCACAAACUCUUUUCUGUUUGCUCCAAAGGUAAAAAUUAAAUCAGGUACACUUGACUGGUUAAGAAAAGGCCUUUUGUGUUUCUGCUUUCAACAGAAAGUACUUCAGUAAAGGAAUAAAACAUCAGCUAACACGGUUGCAGUGCAUACAGAUUCGUCUCCAUGGGAAUGUCCAGAUGUCUGGCACACUCCUGUAGUUUAGCCCUUGCAAACAUUAACAAAUCUCUGUACAUUUACAUCAUUUAGAUAUUACAAAACACAAAAAUACUGCUCAAGAACGGCUUUCUUCCCCUCAAUAAAUAGAAACUGGCACAGAUGUAGUCAGGGAAGGCAUGUCACUGUCAGGGACAAACACAUCAGUGCAUCUGUCAGUUUGAGUCGGGUAUCAAAAGAAUAGUUCACCCAGAAAAUAUAGUUUGUGGAGUGGGAUUUUGGACCAAUGACCAUUCACUCUUACUGAAAUAAAAAUCAAGUAAAUUACCAAAUGUCUGCCAAUCAUCACAUUAGCCUAGGUUUACUGCUUGCUUCUUUGUUGAAUCACACCUGGACACAGUUACAAUUCACUACCAAAAAAAAUCAUUUCAAAAUGACUUCUAAAUGUGUGCUCAUUAACUUAUGAUCAUGUUAGACCGCAAGUUAUGUGUCCUUAUUUGUAAAACGCUUCAGAUAGCCAAUAAACCAAUUGAAUCUGGUAUUUCUAAUCAGAUUCAAAAACACCAUGUGAGUGGGUUUUAUUACUUCUUAUUUCUUAUGAACUACUAAAAAAGGUCUUUUGACAUGUCAGUUCCUUUUUGGUAAUGUUAUCAAGGUAAAAAAGCACAAUGAUGCUCACUGUCGCUCCAGUGACUUUAUCGCGGUGUCUUCAGUUCUGAACGGAGCUCACUGAAGUUUUGUGUGGAAUGCAUGUAAUGCACAUGUAAACAAAUAUGUGAAUCAGAUUGCAUCUUUUAGGGUUUAUAUAAACAGCUUCUCUUAAAUCGGAUUGCAUUCAUUCCAAUUAACAAAAAUUGGUGCAUAUAAAUAUACCUAUUUGUUUUUUUAACCUAAAAUCAGCUUAUUAUAAAAACGUAGCAAUGCAAAGAAAUGUAUGCCAAAACAUUACAGAAAAAGACAUUGAAUAUUGAAUAAACCAUCCAAACAUCAAUAAAGGAUUUUUAUUUUUUUUAACUGAGCCAAACUGAAAAAAAUGUGCAAAAUAUGUUGAUGUUGCUUUAACUUUUUAUGGCCGAUCCUCAAUAAAAGAAGAGUUUAAGGCAUUCUCAUGACCUACGCUUGGUCAGGUUAUAUUAUAUAACCCUGACAUAUAAAAUGAGUGUAAGAUGUAAAAUACACAUUGUACAAUGUAUUUCAACAGGAUCUCUUCAGAUGACACACUAAAUAUAGCUAUAUUUUGCCUAUUUAACUGGACAGACAUAUAGGGGAGGGAGAAAAAAUUGGCGAGAGGUGGAAAUUGGGAUGAAGAAGCCUACAUCUAAAAUCGGAUGAUUAAAACUUACAUCUCCAAAGCUCAAUGUCUGAGGUGCAUGUCUUCAAAUCACUGUGUUAAGAGCUCUGGGCGUUUUUCAUCAUUUUCUGAUCAUAAUUGCGAUUGGUCAAAAUGUAGUCUAGAUAAUCCAGUUAAGGCAGUGAUGAAUGAAGAGCAGACCUCUCUGUAGAUCUGUAGUUCUACUGUAAAGGUGGUUGGUGAUUAAUAGAAGAGAGUGUCAGUAUUGACACUACAGAUUGUUAUAAACUGUCCAGCUCUGGUGGUGACACUGUAAAUCUCUCUCCAGAGGAGACAGUCUUUGCUCCAGGUCAGCUGCUGUCGGUUCGGUCUGGGUAGUUUGUCACAGUCAGAGAUUCAAUAACAAACUGAUUCCUAAGGGCUGUGACACAUUAGCAGACCGACACCAGAAAUCUGAGGACACUGAUAUUACAGUGACAUUUGAGACCACAGUGAAGAUCUAAUUUAACCCGCAAAAACUAAUAAACAGGUUUUAAACUGAACAGGGUUUUUCUACUCUUUGAAAAAGUUUAAACAAAGAAGCAUGAUGUAAAAUGAAAAGGCUGUGUGCUAUUUUUUGGUCAUUAAGUAUAUGAGUGACAUUGAUCAUGUGACUCUGCAUUGAUGUUCUUUCAAUGAAGCUCAAGAUGUUCCUUGGAUCAUUUCAACAUGAUCAUCAAGCUAGACACAAACUUCAUGCAGCUCAGCUCAGUCUUGUCUCAUGGUUUGUGUAGAUGCCAGAAAGAAACCGAGUGUAAUGGUCAUUUAGUAGCACGCUGACCCCAAAAGUAUUUGUACACUUCGGCAACAUCAAAAAAUGCAAUGCAUUAGAUAACACAACAUCAAAGUGGCAUUUAUUUUAAAGAAGCAUAGCUUUGUUUAUUAGUUAUAAACUAUAAAACAAUAUGAAAUAGAAACUCAGUAUUAUGGCAUUUUGUUAUGUAAUGCAACCAGAGAUGUAUAGUAACGAAGUAGAACUACUUCACUACUGUACUUAAGUACUAAAAGGCGGUAUCUGUACUUUACUAGACUAUUAUUUUUUUCUCCUACUUCCACUUUUACUUCGGUACA